CCGACCACUCGUCCACUCACACUCCUCUACAUACUUUGAGACAUACUAUGGAAAGCGCGCACUGCAGCUUCCCACUCUAAUUGUGCUGUGCUUCACCUGGGCAUGUGGUGUGGUGCUGCUGAGUCUGACUCUUUCGCAGUAUGAUGGGUUCGAGUUUGAUCGACCUGUGGAUCUCAAGGCAAAGGCCGAUGGUAACGUCAUCGAGGUCGGCGGCUGGGCCCUAGUCAACCAGCGGCUGCGGUACGGAACGUCGCUGUUGGCGAUUAUGCUCACGAUGGCCGGCAUGGUAAGCGUUUGGCGUGGAAACAAGGCCUUGGCUUUCCCGCUGGCAGUCCUUCUCCUCUUUACCGGCUUUCUGGCGGUGGCGGCAACAGUCAUCGACUCGGUCGACGUCCGCGACGCCCGCGAUCGUCUGUGCUCACUCGCCACGUACUCGUGCAAGGGCCCGCAGUAUAUCGCCACAUGCGUUUUUGACGCUCUUGUUGCUGCCUUCCUCAUUGCGGCUGCCGCGUGCCUCUUCUUCCUCUACCGUAUGCCCGCGCGCCGCCAGACCCGGACCACUCGAAUCGAGUCCGAGUCGGACGACGGCGUCAACCUCCCGAUUGUGCCGGCGCCGACCACGCAGCGGUCGUCAAAGCCCGGAAAGACUGAGCGCGUUGCCGAGGCGCGCCGCGUUCUCACUUCGAUGCGUCCUACCCUUGGCAUUGUUGUUUCCAACUCGGUCGACGAGGACGGCGUCGCCGUCACCGACGUACUGCCGGGUAAGGCUGCCAAGGCCGCCGGUCUCAAAACCGGAGACGCCAUCCUAUCCAUCGGCGCCAUGCAGACCAACGACCAUGAAGACUUUGACCGAGUCAUGGCCGAGGCCUUCCCCGGUGAGUCCGAGCCGGUUGUUCUCCAGCGCGGCGGCUCGCGCAAGAACCUCAACGUUACCUUUGGCGGGCACUACGAUGGUCGCUCGUACACCGCCAAGGAGAUUCGCCACCUGCGCAAAGAAGCAGGCGCAGACUGGGUCAUCGCCCAAGAGGAGGAUCGCAAGGGCAUUGCGCCGAUUCCGGCUCCCUAAAUCAUCAUGCCCCCC